UAUAAAUUUAUUAGCAUUUUUAUCAAUCAAUCAAUUAAAUACAAUUCAUUUAAAAAAAAGAAUAAGACGUCAUUGACCACUAAAUGACGUCAAAUUCUUUUUGCAAAAAAAAAAUAUUUUAUCAAUUCAACAAGUGAAAAAAAAUAGAAACCUGUUGAAAAACAAUCAAUUCUAAUUUGCAUACACACAUACAUUACUACAUGUGGAAUUUCUUCUAUGUGAUUGAGAAUUGUUGAUGAGAAAAAAAUAAAAAUACAAAAAAACUUACCCCAUUUACCUAUUGAUGUUUGAAGAUCGAUACUUACAGAAAAAAAUCAAAAUUAUUAAAAAUUACUAACCAUUCAUUCAUUCAUUCAAACAUUCAUUCAUCAGAAGUGAAUUACUGCAAAAAUAAAAAUACCAAACAAAAGUAUGGAAAUUCUAUACAAUACUGUCGUUGGUUUAAUACGGCCAUUAUCAUCAUCGGUUAAAUAUAAAUCCAUUUCCGAAUCCGCUACCAUUAAUCGUGAUAAUGAUGAUAAUCCGGCAAUCAAUUUGAAGAAGAAAUCCACAAAAAAGAUGAAGAAAAAUAAGAAGAAAAAAAAGGGAAAAAAUGAUUUAAUCCAAAUAUUCGUUACGGUUCCCGAUGGUCAUUGUCACGUUAAUAUUAAUAUCGAAUCUAUUAUCAUUGUUAAUGAUCGACCAUUUGGUGAUAUAUUUGAAGAGCUGGAACAACGGCAUCCCAGGAUGUUGGAUCCGAAUGUAACAGUAUGGACACAUUGACAAAAACAUUGGUUUGCUAGAUAAAUAUAGAGACGAAGGAUUUUGGGAAAAAAAACGAAAAUAGAGAGAGAGAAAAAUGUGCUGCAAAUGCAAAGCGCAAUAUUCAAUAUUCAAAUUUCAUUUUUGAAUUUUAAAAUUUUGUAUUUUUUCAUCUCGAUAAUAAUAAU